GGCGGCAGGGCACUAACCUGCUGUGGUUCACCCAUGAUGCUGGCCUGAAACAGUAACAACAGGAUGUGGUUUACAAGAUGCAACAGCGCUAUGCCGGAAGCUCCACAGCGUUUAUCAAGUGAUCAUCCACUACUUUUUUCUGUCGCUUGCCAGGGUGAUUUUAAAGGGAACUAUGAUCAAAAAAUCACAGCAAAAGAAAAGAACAUCACCUAGUAACUACAAGGAGAGAUUUUUUGUGUUGGACACCCAAGACCUGAAGUAUUCUGAGCGCCGUCCGGGGAAAAAGCCCAUGUUGAAAGGCUGCAUCGAGCUGUCCAGAAUUAAAUGUGUGGAGAUGGUGUGUAGUGAUAGCCCCAUACCAUGCAGCUAUAAGUACCCUUUUCAGAUCUUUCAUGACAGUCAUUACCUUUACAUUUUUGCCCCAGACAAUGAUACGCGUCAGAGAUGGGUCAGAGCUCUCAAAGAGGAGACAAAGAAUAACAAUUUGGUUACAAAAUACCACACAAACUUCUGGAUGGAUGGGAAAUGGAGAUGUUGCCAACAAACAGAGAAACUGGCAGCAGGUUGUCAUAUAUAUGACCCUGUGUGUUAUGCUUCUAAAAAACCACUCCCUCAGCUCCCGGAUCCAGAGAGGGAAGUGCAGGAAUUGGGGCAGAGGAUGGUCAUCGCUCUGCAAGAUCAUAAGCCGCUGGGAGACGACGACUUGCCUCUUCAGAAAGACCAGGAAUAUGUCUUGAUUAACAGCUCUCGUCCUGACUGGUGGAUCAUAGAGGAUGACCAGGGGAACACAGGCUUUGUGCCCAGUAUUUACGUAGCUGAGAAAUCUGGCAAAAACUUUGAGAGAUUUGUAUGGUACAACAAAAAUAUAACCAGAGGGGAAGCAGAGGAGCUGUUAAUGAAAGAGGGAAAAGAAGGUGCAUUCAUGGUGCGUGACUCAAGACAGGCGGGAGUCUACACCGUGUCAGUCUUCACCAAAGCACCUGGGUCAAAUGGGGAGAAGAAUCCAAGAGUGAAACAUUAUCAAAUCAGGCAGAGAGAAGAAAAAGAGCCAGCAUUUUACUUGGCUGAAAAGUACCUGUUCAGCACCAUUCCUGAGCUCAUACAUUACCACCAACACAAUGCUGCAGGUCUGAUAACACGCCUGAGGCACCCCAUCUCUCAAGGUGGAGGCUUCUCCCAGGACAUUGCUGACCUCUCAAAAGAGGAGUGGGAAGUGGAUCCUGACGAGCUGACUCUGGGUCAGGAGAUAGGCAGCGGUCAGUUUGGGCUUGUCCUGGAGGGGAGGUGGAGGGAGAUGAAGGUGGCAGUGAAGAUGAUAAGAGAACAGUGCAUGUCAGACGAGGAAUUUAAAGAAGAGGCAAGAAUCAUGAUGAGGCUGUCUCACUGUAAGCUGGUUCAGCUGUACGGUGUGUGCACCCAACGCUCUCCUAUGUGUCUUGUGUUUGAGCUAAUGAAAAAUGGCUGUCUGUCUAACUACCUGAGAACCAAGAAAGGCCAUUUGUCUCAGGACUUGAUGUUGAGGAUGUGUCUGGAUGUCACUGAGGGGAUGGCUUACCUGGAGAGCUCCAACUUCAUCCACAGGGAUCUGGGUGCCAGGAACUGUCUUGUUUCAGAGAACAAUGAGGUGAAAGUGUCUGAUUUUGGCAUGACCAGAUUUGUUCUUGAUGAUCAGUACACAAGUUCCCAGUGCUCCAAGUUCCCUGUCAAGUGGUCGGCCCCAGAGGUCAUCAGAUACAGCAAGUACAGCAGCAAGUCUGAUGUCUGGUCAUUCGGUGUACUAAUGUGGGAGGUGUAUAGUGAAGGCCGUCUUCCUUACGAGAACCGCUCCAAUGGUGAGGUGGUGGAGUCGUUGAAUGCAGGCCUGAGGCUCCUGAAGCCACGGUUGGCCCCAGACGCGGUCUACCUGCUCAUGGAGUGGUGCUGGAAGGAGAGGCCAGAUGAUCGUCCAUCCUUUGCUGCCCUCUUCUAUGAGCUGAACUCCCUUUUAACCUGUGAACCAAAAUAAGAUUUGAGGAUGCCAAUUUUAAAAAAUAGCUUUAUUUAUUUAAUUUAUUGAUCGAAAUGUUUUUCGAAUGCCUAUGAAGUUGUUUCAUUUGAUUAUCAUUAUUACAACAUUUACAAAACACAAGACAAUUUAAAAUCUCUGGAUUUAGCACUUUAUCUGUUUUAUAGCUCUGUAAACAACUCGUGAAAAGCUCAUACAGUCCACUGACACAGCAUCAGCUUCUCACUGCAUGUUUAUGUAAAUGUUUCCAAUAGUCUAUAAGAUCUCUGUACAUUCAAGUUGAGAUGUUUGCUUUGUUUAAUCUACUGUUAAUUAAAUGAAUCCUUUCUUAUUAGACAAAUCUUUUCUUUUUCUCAUGCUUCCUACACAU